AUGAAUGAUAAAUUACCUCAAAGUCAACCGCCUCCUACUCAAAAUGUUGGAACCAGUCAUUGGCCUCAACAGUGGCCAAACAUUCAAAACCCUUUCGUUCAGCAGAGACCCUAUGCGUAUUGGCCUCAUUGGGGUCAUUAUUCUAUGAAUAUGACUCCACCUAAUAAUAUGAUGCCCCAUCCCCCUAUUCCAUUUCAAUCAAUGAAUGUUCCAAAUUUUGGUUUUCAGUCUCAAAUGAAUUUUAAUAAUAAUCCUUCUACUGUCACUGAUAAUUGCAAUGGUAAAGUUAAUACUAAUAAAAUAAAUGCUCCUACAUCAGAAAUGUCAAUGAGUGUUGAUAACCCCCCUCUUCCUGACAUUAAUGCAGACAAGAAAUCUGUAAGUAAUAAUGAUAGUUUAAAGUCAUUGGAAAACCCUGAUAAAAUUCCUCUUCCCGAUGGCCCCCCACCAUCAAAUAAAGCCUUUCCUCCCCUUCCAACCACCAACAAUUCAAAUUUAAACCCUCCAUUUUUCAAUUCCAAUUCGCAACCGAUAAAAUUUAAUCUGAAUCAAUCCAACAAAACUUUUACUCCUUUUAAUUUAACGAAUAAGAAAAAAAGGAAUAAAAAUAAAAAUCAAACUGCAAACCCUUUUGGAAAUAAUGCACAAAAUUCAUUAGCACCUCCCUUACCCCCGAAUAAGCCUAAAAAUGUAGCUAUUGAUACAGCAAUGGAACAAGAUAAUGUUGAUAAAUUAAAUACAACUGUAGAAAAAGAAAUUAAAAGCCCCUCUCAAAUAAUGCAAAAUCAACAGUCCUCACAUGAUGAUUGGCCUCCAAGUUUAUUAGAAUAUAUUAAAAGGUGUUAUUUAAAAUGUGAAUCUAGUAUUGACAAAGAUCAAGUUGGCAUUAUAUUAAAAGGAAAAAUUACUUCUGCAAUGAGUUCAAAUACCUUAUUUACAAAAAAUUGGGAUGCAGAACCUCUUCCAAAUUUAAGAGGUAAAGCAGUUGAUACAAAUCAACCACCUCAUAUGACAAAUAAUGUAAAUAACUUAAAUUUUAGAGGAAGAAAUAAAUAUAUUGAAUCAAUUAGAAAUCGACUAGGAAAGAAUAGAAAUUACAGAACCCCACAUAAGCGAUCAUUGUCAAAAUCUCCAACCAUUAAGUCGAAAUCCAAAUCGAAAUCAAGGUCAAACUCUACAUCUAGAUCCAGAUCCAGAUCGAAAUCCCCAUCCAGAUCAAGGUCUCAUUCUAAAUCCACUUCACCGGUUUCAAGAAGAAGGCGAAAAAAUUCUGAUUCGGAUUCAAGCAAUGAAAACACUAAAAUUUAUUUGAAACCAAAACCAGAUAAAAAAAAUACCAGAAAGUCAAAAAAGAAGCAGAAAAGGCAAGGAGCCUUUUAUUCCAAUAUUACUUUCGGAGAAGCAGAGAGUGCAAGCACCGAGAGACUACAACAACGUGCAGCUCGUUUCAAAGAAAUGCUAGAAGGACCCAAAAGCAUUAAAAAACCUGUGAUCAUUGCUUCUUCUGUAAACACAAUAGCCUAUGAGGAUACAGAAGGAGAUUUCGAAUUUAAUGAUUUACACAUUGUAGGAACUUGCCAAGAUUUAGAAAAACCUUUUCUUCGUCUAACGUCGGCUCCGGAUGCAUCUCAAGUACGACCCAACGAUAUAUUAGAAAAAUCAUUAUUAUUAAUAAAAAGCAAAUGGAUAGAAAAUGCAGAUUAUAGAUACACGUGCGAGCAAUUAAAAUCAAUACGUCAAGAUCUUACCGUACAAGGAAUUCGUAAUGAUUUCACGGUAAAAGUUUACGAAACUCAUGCGAGAAUUUGUCUUGAAAAAGGUGAUCCGGAAGAAUUCAAUCAAUGCCAAACUCAACUUCGAAUGCUUUACACGGAUUUGGGUGGUGAAAAUAAAUUUGAAUUUGUUGCCUAUAGAAUAUUAUAUUAUAUUUACACAAAAAAUACUCUAGAUUUAACCAUUAGCAUUGGCUCCCUCAGUAAAGAAGAAAAAGAAGAUGAAUGUGUUAAACAUGCAUUGCAAGUGUCACACGCUUGGUGCAUGAAUAAUUAUCACAGGUUUUUUUGGUUGUAUCAACGUUCUCCCAAAAUGUCAUCAUACCUAAUAGAUUGGUUUAUAGAAAGAGAAAGAAAAUCAGCUUUAAAAACAAUGAUCAAAGCGACCUUAAUUUCAGUUUAUUUAGCAUAUCAAAUAGGAAAAAAAAAAAAAAAAAAUGAGUCUGGGUUCACUGCGGUGAGGCUAAUGCAUUUUGUUUCAGUAUCAAAAAAAUUGAAACAUGAGUUUUUUUUUUUUUUUGGGGGGGGGGGAUGCUUUGGGGUACUUAGAAGUAAACAAACACAUAAUAUUGACAAAUUCAAGUUUAAAUAUUUUUUUUUAUAUUAA